GUCUUUCUGGCCUCAGUCCUCUUCUCCUGGGUUGGAAGACUUUGAUUCCUUUUCAAAGUUGGACCCAAACUCCGAAUUAAUUAAUUAAGUAUUCUCACAUCCUUUAGCCUCAUGGGCCCACAAAUACUCACACACUUGCCACUUCUCCUCCUACUCCUUAAUAUUCACAGUCUCACUCUUUGACCGACUUAGUCCCUCUCUCUCUCUCUCUCUCUCUCUCUCUCUCUCUCUACUUGCACACCAAGAAAGUACUAACCAAAUAAACGUGCUCCACUCUUUGUUUUUGCAAAUUGGAAAAAAGGUGCAAUUUUUCAUUCAUUUUAUUGAAAAGUAGUUUGGGUCCCAGACUUGGCUUCACUCCCUCAUUACUUUCUCACCACUCGACACGCAACUUCCUAUCCUUCUCUUUCUUCUCCCUUUAUAUACUCCCUACUCACUCUCACUCAAUUCACAUUCCAAACUCAAUUCACAUUCCAAGUCCCUUGAAAAAAAAAAAAAAAACACACACACAUACAGAUACACGACUCUCUGAAGAUACUCUUUUAUUUCUUCCCUUGCAAAGAAAAAGGGUUUCUGUCUUUGUGUAAUAUUAUGGCUAUGGAAGCUUUGAACUCUCCUACCACCGCUACGGCGCCGUUUCACUUCGAAGACGUGGCCAGCCUUAACUACCUGGAGCCAUGGGCCAAGCGCAAGCGCUCCAAGCGUUCUCGUCACGAUCAUCCUUCCACCGAAGAAGAGUAUCUUGCUCUCUGCUUAAUCAUGCUCGCUCGUGGUGGUGCCGAUCAACAGCGCCGGAAGUUGACUCCUACUCGUGCUCCAGUCGAUCAUCAGAUGGCAACUACCUCGCCUACUAAGCUGAGUUACAAAUGCUCUGUUUGUAAUAAGGCUUUUCCAUCUUAUCAAGCUUUAGGUGGACACAAAGCUAGUCAUAGGAAAGGAAAUGGAGGCGAAUUAGAUCAGUCUACGUCUUCGACAACUACCAAUACCACUACCACGUCUGCCGCGGCUGCCAGAGUCUCUAACGGUACUGGUAAGGCUCACGAGUGUUCAAUCUGCCAUAAAUCUUUCCCAACCGGCCAAGCCCUCGGUGGACACAAGAGGUGCCACUAUGAAGGCGGAGGUGCUUCCGCAGCUACCACCGCUGCAGCCACUGCCAAUAGCGCUUUGACCACAACAUCCGAAGGCAUAGGGUCCACCUCCCACACUCACACCUCGUUAAGUCAAAGCCACCGCGGAUUUGACCUGAACCUACCUGCUCUGCCAGAAUACUCCCGUGAUUUCUUUGUCUCCGGCGACGAAGAGGUUGAAAGUCCCCACCCGCUCAAAAAGAUCCGCCUGACGAUCUCACCUCUGAAGAUCGAAAUCCCUGAACACCACUCGAAUUAGCAUUCUAAUUGAACUUCUACCAUUUAUAUUUUGAAAAAUUCGUUUAUCAAAUUAGGAAAAUGGAACUUUAUGUUUUUUAAGACUCAUUUUUCCUGUACAUAUAAGUUGCAGAAUUAUCUUAAAUAUUAGCUUGUUGGUCAGUUGUAAUAGUUAAAAUUCAAUUAAUUCAAUUGUUUUUUUUAAAAAAAAAUUUUAUGUUCAACUUUCUGUUAUAUUCAGUAAGCUCUUUAUUAUGUAUUUUUUUUUUUAUGAAUAUUAAAUAUAAUUGUCGGAAUAUUAUAUUGGGAAUGAGAAAGGGGAAGGGUGUGCAAAGAGCAUGAUUAGGAAUGAGUAUGCAGAACCGCGUGGGGGGAAGAAGUGAAUGACAGAGUUUGUUGAGUUCAGUUGAGGCCACUUGCACAUGUUGGAUAAAAAACAGAUCAAAUUGAUUUAAUUAGUGCUGCUUAUGCGUGCUUCUGCUCC